AUGGGUCCUGCAGCCGAGAUCGCCUCGCUUCUCGCCUGCUGGGCGCUCCUCCUGGCUCCGGGGGCCCCGCACAGUCCCGCGGAGAGAGGUUAUAUUUUGGGGGCGCUAGAAGAAUACAGACUUGUCGUCCCAACUAGCACGGACUCUGAGGGCAGGUUCCUCUCCAAGGUUGUGUCUGGAGCUCCAAAGGGGCGCUUCCGAAGGGACACCCCGGGGGAUCUUCCGCACGGAGCCGCAAAUGAGCAAAUUUUUUAUAACGUCACUGUUUUUGGAAGAGAAUUUCACUUUAGACUGAGACCAAACUCCAGGCUGGUGGCCCCUGGAGCAACUGUUGAAUGGCAGGUGGACUCUAAUAUCACUUACAUCGAACCACUCCAUGGGAAUUGCCUCUAUGUUGGGGAUAUCACCGACUUGCCUAAUGCUUCUGUUGCAAUCAGCAAUUGCGAUGGGCUGGCUGGCAUGAUUCGCACAGACAAGGACGAGUUCUUCAUUGAACCUCUGCAAAAGGGGAAGCAGGAGGAGGAGGAGGAAGAAGGUAGGACGCAUGUGGUAUAUCACCGGGCAGCUGCUGCCAAGAAACCACUUCCCAGUGAGCACCCAGAUCUCCUGCACAGAGAAGCUGACCUAAGCAAUCUAGACAGCAUGUUGAACCUCUUAGAUGAUGAGAUCAAUAAUUCCAGAAGGAAGAGGAGAUAUCCAAGGCAUGCAGCUGAUGAUGAUUACAACAUAGAAGUCCUGCUGGGUGUUGAUGACUCUGUUGUACAGUUCCAUGGGAAAGAACAUGUUCAGAAGUAUCUUCUGACACUGAUGAACAUUUCCAUGAGCUUAAUUGAGAUCGGUAACCCUUCUCAGAGCUUAGAGAAUGUAUGUCGUUGGGCCUACCUACAGCAGAAACCUGAUACUGGACAUGCUGAAUAUCACGAUCAUGCUAUUUUUCUCACAAGGCAGGAUUUUGGCCCCUCUGGAAUGCAAGGUUAUGCUCCUGUUACUGGCAUGUGUCAUCCGGUCCGAAGCUGCACACUCAACCAUGAAGAUGGCUUCUCCUCAGCAUUUGUGGUAGCCCAUGAAACUGGACAUGUAUUAGGCAUGGAACAUGAUGGCCAAGGGAACAGGUGUGGGGAUGAAGUCCGUAUGGGAAGCAUAAUGGCUCCUCUGGUCCAGGCUGCAUUCCAUCGCUUCCAUUGGUCUCGAUGCAGCCAGCAGGAGCUGAACCGAUAUCUUCAUUCCUACGAUUGUUUGCGUGAUGAUCCUUUUGACCAUGACUGGCCUUCCCCUCCUCAGCUGCCAGGAAUUUAUUACUCAAUGAAUGAGCAGUGCCGCUUUGAUUUUGGUUUGGGCUACAUGAUGUGCACAGCUUUCCGUACCUUUGAUCCUUGCAAACAGCUAUGGUGUAGCCAUCCUGAUAACCCUUAUUUCUGCAAAACAAAGAAGGGACCUCCAUUGGAUGGAACCAUGUGUGCUCCUGGAAAGCAUUGUUUUAAAGGUCACUGUAUCUGGUUAACUCCAGAUAUCUUGAAACAAGAUGGAAACUGGGGAGCGUGGAGUAAAUUUGGUGCCUGUUCUCGAACCUGCGGAACGGGAGUAAGAUACAGAACACGGCAGUGUGACAAUCCUCACCCAGCUAAUGGAGGUCGUACAUGUUUUGGUCCAAGCUAUGAGUUCCAGCUUUGCAGCACACAAGACUGUCCUAAAGAUUAUGAAGAUUUCAGAGAGGAGCAGUGCAAACAGUGGGAUCCUUUCUUUGAGUAUCAGAACAUGAAGCACCAUUGGCUUCCAUAUGAGCAUAAUGAUGCUAAAGAAAGGUGCCACCUUUACUGUGAGUCUAAAGAAACAGGUGAUGUUGUGUAUAUGAAAAGACCGGCACAUGAUGGAACACGAUGCUCCUAUAAGGAUUCUCAUAGUAUCUGUGUUCGAGGAGAAUGUCUGAAAGUUGGUUGUGACAAGGUAAUAGGUUCCUUGAAGCAAGAAGACAAGUGUGGUGUGUGUGGGGGAGACAACACCCACUGCAAAGUGGUGAAAGGAACCUUCUCCAGGGCACCAAAGAAACAAGGUUACAUAAAGAUGUUUGAAAUUCCAGCAGGUGCAAGGCACUUGCUUAUACAAGAAUCCGAUGCCACCAUUCAUAAUAUUGCUAUCAAGAACAGAGAUACAGGGAAAUUCAUUUUAAAUGAGGACAACUAUGUACCAGACUCCAAAGUGUUUGUUAAUAUGGGCAUAGAAUGGGAAUAUCGGAAUGAUGACGACAGAGAAAUGGUUCAAACUAUGGGUCCUUUGCGCAAUGGAAUUAUUGUUCUGGUAAUCCCUCAUGGAAAUGUCAAGAUUUCACUGACAUACAAAUACAUGAUCCAUGAAGACUCUUUAAAUGUUGAUAACAACAAUGUUUUGGAAGAUUCAGUAACGUAUGAGUGGGCCUUGAAAAAAUGGUCGCAGUGUUCAAAACCAUGUGGAGGAGGUCAUCAGUUUACAAAGUAUGGUUGUCGGAGGAAGAAUGACCACAAAAUGGUUCACCGUAGUUAUUGUGAGUCCAUCCAGAAGCCAAAGCCCAUCCGUAGAGUAUGCAAUCUCCAAGAAUGUUCACAGCCAAUAUGGGUUACUGGAGACUGGGAACCCUGCAGCAAAAGUUGUGGGAAAACAGGAUAUCAGAUGCGUUCUGUGCGGUGUAUCCAGCCACUUCAUGACAACACAAACCGUUCUGUUCAUACCAAAUACUGCAGUAGCGAUCGUCCAGAGGGUAGGAGAGCUUGCAACCGAGAACUUUGCCCUGCUCAGUGGCGGAUAGGACCCUGGUCACAGUGUUCCGUCACUUGUGGUAAUGGCACUCAAGAAAGGCAAGUUCUGUGCAGGACAAGUGACAAUGUUAUGGGUUUUUGCAAAGAAGACAAGCCAGACACAAUAAGGCUCUGCAGAUUACCUUUAUGUCCCAAAAAUUCAUCAGAUACAUCAAAGAAAACUUACAUGAUACAGUGGCUGUCAAGACCAGACCCAGAUUAUCCUAUUCAGAAAAUAUCUUCAAAAGAACGUUGCCAAGGAGACAAGUCAAUGUUUUGUCGCAUGGAAGUUCUCUCCCGAUACUGUGCAAUACCUGGUUACAAUAAACUGUGUUGCAAGUCUUGUAAUAUAUAUAGUAACAAAACAGGAAAUGACAAUACAACAGAAUCUGAUCAAAGUAAGAUUAAUGAUAUUGAAGAGAACUUCACUCCCACACAUACAACACAUGUUGAAGUUCACAUCCCACACCCUUCUUCAGGUCCACCAACUGUUUCCAAGAUAAAUAUCACCAGUUCCAAUGCGACUGAAGACCAGCCAGAAGUUAAUGCAGUGGAUGUUCCAUAUAAAAUCCAUGGACUGGAAAAUGAAGUACCACAGCACAACAUCAUCUUGAGGAAGAGGCCACCUUAUGAAAGGACAAAGAACCAGAGAAUUCAGGAGCUGAUUGCUGAGAAAAGGAAAAGAGAGCUGCUCAGGAAAUUGCAUUAAAAUGGAAAUAUAACACACACAGACAUACAUAUUUCUCUCUUAUAGAGAUGUUACCAACACCACAGUAAUGCCCAUGCCAUCAAAGAGACUAGAUAGCGAUAGUGGUGCUACGACAGACAUGCCAUACACU